AUACCUCAUUUUGGCAGACGCCGCGACACCGAAAAGUCAUGACGGGCUAGUUUUGACGUUUUCUAUAAUUACCUAGGGCUAUGGGACGAAAAGUGCUAUGCAGUCGAUCUAAUUUUCAAGUAAAAUUAUUCACCGGGUACUGCCACCGAUGGAUGAGUGUGGCGACUGCAGAACCAAAUCAUGCAGCAGGCCCCAGUGACAGUACAGUUCAGAGUGUCAAACCAUAUAAAGACAUCCCCGGACCAAAGGGUCUCCCUUAUCUUGGGACAAUUUUACACUACAGGAAAGGUCCCUUUCAGAAGUUUUCCGUAGACAGAUAUCAAGAUGCUCUUAUUUCACGGUACAAAGAAUAUGGACCCAUCGUGAAAGAAAAUAUAGCAGGCAUAACCUCUGUUCGAAUUUUUGAUCCUGAUGAUGUCAGAACAGUUUUCCUUAAUGAAGACAAGCAGCCCCAUGUGGCUCCACUCCUGGACACAACCAAACAGUACAGGGAGCAAAGAAACUUAUCUCCAGGACUCGGAAACACGAAUGGUGAGGAGUGGUAUAGACUGCGGAGUGCUGUACAGCAGAUGAUGAUGAGGCCAAAGGCUGUCACAGUGUACCUCCCUUUUGUGGAGGAAGUGGUCAAUGAUUUUACAGACCGGAUAAAGAAAAUCCGAAACAGCAAAGGAGAGAUAGAGAACUUUAAUUAUGAGGCAGCCAAGUGGAAUCUGGAGUCUUCUGGUAUGACCUGCUUUGAGACUCGCCUGGGGUGUCUGGUUGACACGCCCACCCCCCACAUCCAUCGCAUGAUCACCAGUAACAACGCUAUAUUUGAACUGUCCACAAAAAUUAACUUCUCUGUGCCUUUACACAAAAUUUUUACCACAAAGCUGUGGCAGGCCCUACUCAAUGAGGAGGACUACUUCUUUAGAAAUGGUCAGAAGUUGGUGGAUGAAACAGUGGGGAGGAUCGACAAUCUUCAGACACAGGGUAGGCUGGAGGAUGGGCAGUUUAACUUCCUGUUGUACCUCCUGUCUAAGAAGGAGCUGUCCUUUAAAGACGUCAGCAUAAUCACCCUGUCUCUGUUUGGGGAUGGAUUAAAUACAACUGUGCCCACGUUACUGUUUGCAAUGUACUGCAUAGCCAAGAAUCCAGAGGUGCAGCAGAAAGCAUAUGAAGAAGUACGAGAGGCUCUGAAAGAUGGUCAACCAAUCACUGGAGAACACAUCAAUAAGAUGACCUACCUCAAAGCCUGUGUUAAAGAAUCACAAAGGAUUUUGCCAAUUGGACUUGAAAUAAAGAGAAUUCUGAAGAAAGAUUUAAUUCUUGGUGGCUAUCUUGUACCAGCUGGGACUAUUGUGGAGUUGGCCCCUUAUGUUCACUACAAAUCUCCGGAUUACUUUGUUGAACCGGACCGCUUUCUACCGGAGCGGUGGCUGAGGGACGGAUCAGCUCUGAACAUCCACCCUUACCUGCUGACUCCGUUCGGACACGGCCCCAGGAUGUGUGCAGGAAGAAGAUUUGCAGAACAAGAACUGUAUGUUCUUUUAUCCAAGAUGUUGAUGAAUUUUAAAUUGGAGUUCCAUGGUGACCUUGACAUGAAGUUCCAAGUUUUAAUGGUACCAGACAGACCUGCGACCUUCACCUUCAAGGACAGACUGUCAUGAUGACGAAGUCUAAAUCAUCAUGGAGAAAAAAUAUUUCAAUAUGCAAAACAUAUGAACAUUCUAUCUAAACAAGCUUAAAUGAAGAGGCUAUUCAAAAGGAAAUUUCAAUUCAGUGCUUAGUCCUGUACUGGUGAAAUUGUACCAGGUUCUUUCAUUGUCGUGUGUGCCGUUCAUUAACAUACAAUUGUGGAUAAUAAUGUGAAUUUAGAUGAAUGUAAUUAUAUAAUUUGUCUGAUUAUGGAACAGAGUGAGCAGUACAAAGUAAAGCAUUGUUUUCUAAUUAUGCAAUUUACAUUUAGUAGUAAAAUCUUUUUUGAAUUGAUUUUUUAAAUUUUUUUGUUUCAUUGAAUCAUAUCUUUACAAACAAGCACCAGACAGUACACGUACAUACAGUAGUUGUAUUAGUAAUCUGUAUAAAAUCAAGGUCACAAAGAUUUACCAUUUUAAUUGUACUUAUGAUUUGCUGGAUAAUUGUCAAUGUUAACAUUACUUUUGAUCUGGGUACAUAGUAUUGCUAUUGCUAUGUACAGUUAGAUUCAAGAAGAUUGAUUGAACCAAGAA